GACUGGCGAUACAAGCUGAGCUGCACCGGCAGUGAGUGAGUGAGUGCUCGUGCUAUCUGUGCCUGCCAGUGUACUGUUUAGCGGUGUUAGCAUUAGCAAGCGCGGAAGUAUAACUAGCUCUCGGGGCGUUUGCUUCUCCGCGCGGCUCUUCAUCUGUUCGGUGACGCUAUGUCUGCUAAAGCCAUCUCAGAGCAGACGGGGAAGGAGUUCCUUUAUAAACACAUCUGCACCACAGCGGCUGUCCAGAACCGCUUCCUGUACGCCACCGUCACAGCCGAGACCGACUGGGAGCGACUCGCACAGGACUAUCCAUGGCUCUGCACUCAGCGAUUGGUUGUGAAGCCUGAUCAGUUGAUCAAGCGCAGGGGAAAGCUGGGACUUGUGGGCGUCGACCUCAACCUCCAAGGCGUUCGUGAUUGGCUGAAGUUGCGCAUGAUGAAAGAAAUCACAGUUGGAAAAGCGAAGGGAAUCCUGAAGAAUUUUCUCAUUGAGCCGUUUGUCCCGCACUCGCAGGAGGAGGAGUUUUACAUUUGCAUCUAUGCCACACGUGAGGGGGAUCACGUGCUUUUCCAUCACGAAGGAGGUGUGGACGUUGGGGAUGUCGACUCCAAAGCACAGCAUCUGAUGGUUGGUGUGGACGAGAAACUCGACGAGGAUGCCAUUACCGGGCAGCUGCUCACACACGUCCCUGAUGAGAAGAAGGAAGUUCUGGCCAGUUUUAUCAUCGGACUGUUUAACCUGUACGAGGAUUUGUACUUCACUUAUCUGGAGAUCAACCCGCUUGUUGUCACACAGGAAGGCGUGUACAUUCUGGACAUGGCAGCCAAAAUCGAUGCCACGGCUGAUUUCAUCUGCAAACCAAAGUGGGGUGAUGUGGAGUUUCCUCCUCCAUUUGGCAGAGAAGCCUAUCCUGAGGAAGCCUACAUAGCAGAUCUGGAUGCUAAAAGUGGUGCAAGUCUCAAACUCACCCUGCUGAACCCCAGAGGACGCAUCUGGACCAUGGUGGCAGGAGGAGGAGCCUCUGUCGUCUAUAGUGACACUAUCUGUGAUCUGGGUGGAGUAGACGAGCUGGCGAAUUAUGGCGAGUAUUCUGGCGCUCCGAGUGAACAGCAGACGUAUGACUAUGCCAAGACCAUCCUCUCACUCAUGACCCGCGAAAAACACCCUGAUGGUAAAGUUCUGAUCAUUGGAGGAAGCAUCGCUAACUUUACAAAUGUAGCAGCUACUUUUAAAGGCAUAGUGAGAGCCAUUAAGGAUUAUCAAGGUCCUCUGAAGGAGCACGAGGUCACUAUUUUUGUGCGUCGAGGAGGACCGAAUUACCAAGAAGGUCUCCGAGUGAUGGGAGAAGUCGGAAAGACCACUGGGAUUCCCAUCCACGUGUUCGGCACAGAGACUCACAUGACCGCCAUUGUUGGCAUGGCGCUUGGCCAUCGUCCAAUCCCGAAUCAGCCUCCAGUUGCUGCCCAUACUGCUAACUUCCUGCUUAAUUCGAGUAGCAGUGCUGCGACUCCAGCAACAACCAGAACUGCUUCAUUUUCUGAACACAGACCCAACAAUGACAUCACACCAGCUAAAAAGCCCAAAGCUGGCAUUCCACCAGUGUCCUUUCUCAACCAAACUUGGUCAGUGAAGAGUGCAUGCAGCACCAAUGUCAAAGAGCACAAGAGCACAGCAGAGCGGAACAGAGCUAAAGUCACCACUCUGUUCAGUAAGCACACAAAGUCUAUAGUCUGGGGGAUGCAGACGCGAGCGGUUCAGGGAAUGCUGGACUUCGACUACGUCUGUUCUCGGGACGAGCCCUCGGUAGCUGCCAUGGUUUAUCCAUUUACAGGAGACCACAAGCAGAAGUUCUACUGGGGUCAUAAGGAGAUCCUGUUACCGGUUUAUAAGAACAUGGCCGACGCUAUGAAGAAGCACCCAGAAGUGGACGUCCUAAUCAGCUUUGCGUCUCUGCGAUCGGCCUUUGACAGCACCAUGGAGACCAUGAACUAUCCACAGAUCCACACUAUAGCAAUCAUAGCUGAGGGAAUUCCUGAGGCGCUCACACGGAAACUCAUCAAAACCGCGGACGAGAAGGGGGUGACAAUCAUCGGCCCAGCUACGGUGGGCGGGAUAAAGCCGGGCUGCUUUAAGAUCGGGAACACUGGCGGGAUGCUGGACAACAUCCUGGCGUCGAAGCUAUAUCGCCCAGGCAGCGUGGCAUACGUGUCCCGCUCAGGCGGCAUGUCUAAUGAGCUUAACAACAUAAUUUCUCGCACCACAGACGGCGUAUAUGAAGGCGUGGCCAUUGGCGGAGACAGGUAUCCCGGCUCUACGUUCAUGGACCACGUGCUGCGCUAUGAGGACACGCCUGGGGUGAAGAUGAUCGUUGUGCUCGGAGAGAUCGGUGGUACAGAGGAGUAUAAGAUCUGUGAGGGCAUUAAAGAGGGCAGGCUCACUAAACCUGUAGUGUGCUGGUGUAUUGGUACCUGCGCUACACUCUUCUCCUCUGAGGUACAGUUUGGUCACGCAGGUGCGUGCGCUAAUCAGACCUCCGAGACAGCCGUGGAGAAGAACAUGGCACUCCACGAGGCUGGAGUUUACGUUCCCAGGAGUUUUGAUGAGCUCGGAGAUGUUAUCAGAACGGUGUAUGAUGAUCUGGUGGCGAGUGGCGUUAUUGUUCCAGCACAGGAAGUUCCUCCUCCCACAGUGCCGAUGGACUAUUCCUGGGCCAGGGAGCUGGGACUGAUCCGUAAGCCAGCCUCCUUCAUGACUAGUAUCUGUGAUGAGCGGGGACAGGAGCUGAUCUAUGCUGGCAUGCCCAUCACUGAGGUCUUCAAGGAGGAGAUGGGUUUAGGCGGGGUUCUUGGCCUGCUCUGGUUUCAAAGGAGGUUGCCCCGUUACGCGUGUCAGUUCAUUGAGAUGUGUCUGAUGGUGACAGCAGAUCACGGCCCCGCUGUGUCCGGAGCCCAUAACACCAUUGUGUGUGCCCGUGCCGGGAAAGACCUCGUCUCCAGCCUCACGUCCGGCCUGCUCACCAUCGGUGAUCGGUUUGGUGGUGCUCUAGAUGCAGCUGCUAAACAGUUCAGUAAAGCGUUUGACAGCGGCAUGCUGCCCAUGGAGUUUGUCAACAAGAUGAAGAAGGACGGCAAACUCAUCAUGGGCAUCGGACACCGCGUCAAAUCGAUUAAUAAUCCGGAUAUGAGGGUGCAGAUCCUGAAGGACUUUGUGAAGCAGCACUUUCCUGCCACACAGCUGCUAGACUAUGCUCUGGAUGUUGAGAAGAUCACCACCUCCAAGAAGCCGAAUCUGAUCCUGAAUGUGGAUGGUUUUAUCGGUGUGGCAUUUGUAGAUUUGUUGCGAACAUGUGGAGGAUUCACUCGAGAUGAGGCGGAUGAGUUCGUGGAAAUCGGAGCUCUGAACGGAAUUUUUGUUCUGGGACGCAGCAUGGGCUUUAUCGGUCACUACCUGGACCAGAAGCGAUUGAAACAGGGCUUGUACCGCCACCCGUGGGAUGAUAUCUCCUAUGUGCUUCCUGAGCACAUGUCUAUGUGAUGGUCAUGGCCGCUGUGUUUAAAUCGUCAUAAACUGGAGGUGGAGGGUAAAUGAAAUGUGCCGUUUAUAUUCACAUGAAGAUUCGGGAACACUUAUUUAAUGCCCGUCACUGCGUCUCUGUGCUGCGGCUCAUGCGCGCAAACUAGUUGACUUCCCUGAACACCGUGUGUGCUUUAGAGACAUCGCACAAACUCAAAGCAAGAACACUACAGCAUCAUUGCAGCCUGCUAGCAUGAUGACUAACUGGUUUGCUAACUAGCUUCCUAUUAACUAGUGUAACAACCAGCUAGUUUCAUAACUGUCGUUAAUUACUUAACCUGAUAAUUAGUUGUCUUAACAGGCUAUCGGAUAACUACUCAGCUUGAUAACUAGCUGGUUUCCUAACUCUUUUACUGAUUAACUAGCCUGAACUAGUCAACUUUGCUGUCAAACUUCUGUGCUGACUAGCCAGCUUUAACUACCUUCCUGUUAGCUUCCAUUUAACUAGCAUAAUUACUGGCUGGUUUCAUAUCUAACUGUUUUUGUUCUGAACUACCUAGCUUGAGAACUAGUUUACUAGCAGGUUUCAUAAGCUGUUUCGCUGAUGACUCGAGCUAAUUGGAAGCUAGUUAUCACUUUGGCUAGUGUGAUUACAAGGCAAUUUCAGAACUAACUUUUGCUAAUUACUGUGAUAAAUAGCUUCCUAUUGGCUUGUGUAAUAACUGGUUUUGUAACUACUUGUACUAAUUACAUUAGCCAAUAGGAAGCUAGUUAUAAAGCUGUCCAAUUUUCACAGUAGCCUGUUAGCAAGCGUACUAGUUCUCAAGCUAGGCAAUUUGCAAAAAACUGUUGUGUGUGAUUUGAAACUAGUUAGUUACACUAGCUGAUUAGAAUGGUAUUAGGAAUAGGAAGCUACUGUAAUGACCAGCUUGAUGACUAGUAGCCUUGCUAACUAUGAUAACUAGCUUCCUAUUAGCUAGUCUUUGAUAGCUAGUUAGCUUGAUAAAUGUAAAUUGUCAGAUUAAAGCAAAGCAUUCUUUGUAAUUUUGCUUUUGCAGUUCACUGUGAAGGGAAGUGAACGAGCGCGAGUUAAAAGCAGGACUGGGAUACGGCCAAAUUGAACUGUUACUGAAAGGAAAUGGUUGUUUUUAGUUUAACAAUAAGAACCCAUGUUUUUCUUACAUACACCCCUGCUUUACACAGUAAUGAAUAUAAUGAAAAUGGCUCACACACUCCUAGCUUUGUGCGUGUUAAGGUCAGGUUUUGCUUGUGACUGAAACUGGAAGAGUAUUCAAUUUGACAUCUGUUUGUGUGGGAGAGAGAAAAAUGUAUUGAUGUGUUACAGCUUCACUCUACACCCUCGAGGUCGGCUGUGUCUCAUUCAGCAGCCUGACUGCAUGACCUGCAUCCUUCUCUGAUCAUAUACAAGUCACUUCCUGGUGUGUGUGUUUUGGGGGAGACUUGGAUUCUCUGCUACGACUCUGUUUUUAUGUUACUAUAUUUAAAUGUGAAAACCAGCAGAUUUUUUUUUUGCCGCUGUCUUUUUUUUAAUUCAUCUAAAAAUUGUAAUUGUACAAUGUAAUAAAAUCAUUCUUGGUUA